GUGCAGCGCGAGCAGCAGAGAACCGCUUCUUUCAGGAAGGCCGGAUGCUGCAGCGCGAAGAGGAGCCGAAGUGGCAUAUGGCAGCAGAAGGGAUGCUGACUGGCGAGCCACGCUUCUUCUUUCCUGAAAUGCUGGAGAUCCUGGUUGCUGCAUCCUUCCACACGCCUCCCCGGCUUUACUCGGAGCCCAUACAGGACCGUAUCGAGCGCAUCCAUGAGAUUUUUGGUGACUUGCUGCAGCUGCCACGGGAAGAGGAAGGGCGCGCCUUCAGGGUGGAUCUUUACUUGAAGGCCACCACAGGCUUUCACGAUACGCAGGAGCUGGCAGAAGAGUUGGAGAUCAGUCCCCAGAGCCUGGAUGAGGUGAUGCAAGCGAUUGAUGCAGAGCUGCCUUUGCUCGCCGAGAGAAAGGAUCCCCACAUUCCGAAGCCGCCUGCGCACGUGGUGGAUAAGCUCCCCGUCCAGCCGAUGACCGCAGAUGAGCGAAUCGACGACAUGCAGAGGAGAAAUCCCUUGGGCAAGACAGUAGCCGGUGGCAAGAAGAAGGGGAAGAAGGCAAAGGGUGCCAAGCAGCCCAAGAAGCGGGAGCUUUUCUACGGAAAGCUUCCGGUGAAAUGGAACCAGGUACAGUGGCUGGGGAAAAGACCAGAGCCACCAAAAGUUGUGAUCCCUCCGAUGUGGCAGACGGACAGCAAGGCAGCGAUGCUGCGGAAUCUGGACGAACACAUCCUGCAGGAACGUGAGGAGUCGCGGGCCUUGAACACUCCAUCCACUGGCUGGGUUCUUCGUCUACAGCUCAUUGAUGAGCCCUUGCGGGCGCCUGUGUGCUCGAAGAGCGAAGAGGUGACCACACUGAUGGAGGCAGCAUCGGCUUCCCGGAGGCUUCGGCAGUACGACAGCGCCAUGGCCCUCCUUAUCCGGGCCCGGCAGCUUUGGGUGGCGGUGGAGGCCAGACAGCCGAGGGCAGCAGAGUGGGAAGAUGUGCAAGCCUUGGUGCCUACGCCAUCUCCUUGGAGCUCAAGCGCAGACAGCGCGAGUCCGAUGCAGAGGUGGGCAGGAGCUGCCGAAGCCGGGAGCCUGGAGGACCAGGAGGAGCUGGAUCGCACCAUUUUCCCAGAUGAUCUCGGCGGACGGCACUCCAAAGGCAUGGCCGUUGGUCGCAGCCGCACAGAGACGCUGCCGCGAGACAUACGUGCUGGAGAGCAGAUUCAUCGGAGCAUGACUGAUCGGUUGGGGCGUACCAGUCCGGAGAGCGAUGACCGGGCUAUGCCGCAUGCACCUCUGGACUCCCUGGAACGCCGGCGCCAACGAAUGGCUUCAAGGGGCUCGUUUCAGCAGAGCGACGCCCCGCAGUCGGCACGUGGCCGCUCACCCACGAGUCGAGCCAGCACUCGAAGCCCCGGUGCAACGAGGAAGUACAACCCCAAGACAGACUUUCCGUCUGCGCUGGGUGAUCAGGAGGACCUCGAGCGAAUCCCUCCACAGGCGGCGCUCUUCUUCUUCUGUGAGCUGGCAUCCCUACAUUCUACCGUGCAGGAGGAUGAGCUCGCUGCGCAGCUGCUCUGGCGCGCUUUGGAACACAGCAGGAGGCUCCCGGCACAGGAUGCAAACGUGGCGAUGGUGUGGAACGGCCUCGGUCGAGUGGCUUUCCACAUCGGCAGGUUUGAAGAUGCCACGCGCCUCCACAUGCGGGCCCGUAGCAUUCGUGAGAAGGCCCUCGGUGGGGAUACCAUCGACACGGCCACUUCUUACAACAAUCUCGCCUGCUGCCUCGCUGCUUUGGACCGGCACACAGAGGCAGCGGCAUUUACGGAGCUUGCUGUGGAGAUCUUAAAAGAACUGGCCGGAGAGGACCAUCCGAGGACCUUGACGGCAAGCCGGAACCUGACCAAGGUACGCACUGCUCCGAAAAAGAUGUCGCUGGAGGCGCCCCAUCUGUUCAGCUUACCUUUGCACGACUUCACAGCAGCUUUGCGAGGGCGGCGCAAGAAGAAGAAAAAGAAGUCUCGAAGCGGGUCGAGCAAGAGCAGCAAAAGCAGGAAAUGA